UAGUUUUUAGGGAUAGGGGUCGUUGUCGUUUUAAAAUGGCUUCUCUGUUAAGUAGAAUUUAUUCUCCAAUUUCUAGGACAUUUUUAUCUAGAAAAUAUCCUCUGCAGUUUGCAGCACUUAAGAAUCAAAGAUCAACAGAUGCAGUGGCUUCCACUGAAACUAAACCUACCAUAAGAAAACCUGAUGCAGUUGCAAGAGAUCAGUUGAGUCAGUUUGGAUGUUAUGUUGCUGAGUGCUUACCUAAGUAUGUUCAGAAAGUUCAGCUAACUUACUGGAAUGAACUAGAAGUUAUGAUUGCUCCUGAAGGAGUAAUUCCAGUUUUAUCAUUUCUAAAGGAUCAUCACAAUGCUCAGUUUGAAAAUAUGGUUGAUAUUGCUGGUGUUGAUGUUCCAUCACGUCAAAAUAGGUUUGAGAUUGUCUACAAUUUAUUAUCUUUGCGUUAUAAUGCUCGAAUACGAGUUAAAACAUAUGCAGAUGAAUUAACACCCAUUGAUUCAGCAAAUGAUAUUUACAAAGCAGCUAAUUGGUAUGAAAGAGAGAUUUGGGAUAUGUUUGGAGUAUUUUUUGCCAAUCAUCCUGACUUACGAAGAAUUUUAACAGAUUAUGGAUUUGAGGGCCAUCCAUUCAGAAAAGAUUUUCCUUUAAGUGGCUAUGUUGAGGUUCGUUAUGAUGACGAAGUGAAGAGAGUUGUUGUUGAACCAUUAGAACUUACUCAAGAAUUUCGAAAAUUUGACCUUAAUACACCUUGGGAAACUCUUCCAGCUUAUCGAUUGGAAGCACCACCUUCCACUGAAUUGCCUCUUCAUGCAGGAGUUGAAUCAGAAGAAAAGAAAUAAAUUAUUCUGUUUGAUAAUUUUAAUUAAAAUAAG